AGGACAAAGAGUCCGAGUAUGUGAUGAAGAGAAAGACAGCAUUCCGCUUUCAGGGGUGCACCGUAGUCGAGCUUCUUAAGGAAGUCAUUCAUGUUCGGCCGUUUGAAGCGCCCCAUGGCGAGGUCAAUCUCCAACGCAUCUAUGGCCAAGCCAUAACGGUCAACGGAGCAUGA